CGCCCUUGCAUCUUACGUUUGGGGGCUCCCAACCUUGUAUUUCUAGCCCACGUGGGCUAACAAUAGCUUCCAAAGCGCCCAAACCCAUUGCUGUCGGAGCCUAGUGAAGCUGUGCACAAUCGCGUCGCGUGUACAAAUAUCAUCGCCUCGGCCCUCAACCACGACUCGCCUCCCCUUCACCACCCAGCACUACUCCUUUGCUACGAUGCCUAACGCUCAAACCCAACACCCGCCCAGAGCCAUGUCCAACCCCGUCGUCCCCUCCGCGCGAUCCUACUCAGACCCAACCAGCAAAACAACGCCCCCAGCACGCACCGUCUGGCGGACCCCGAGCGACUACUCUACGCCCGGCCUCCGCUUCCGCCCCGACUCCCCCACCUCCCUCUGCUUUAUGAUGCACCUCUUCGUCAUCGGCUUCUACCCAUACGCCUUCCCAACCGCCUCCCUCAUCCCGCUCGCCACCUCGGCUGUCUUCGUCUGGGUCGUCUUCCUGUGGCCCUACAUACCGACGCACAUCACAUCUCCAUACAACAAACACCUGAGCGCCGGGAAUUACAUAGCGGCGUCGUUUCUUCUCGGGCUCACCUAUGGGCUAGGGCUGCUGCUGCCUUGGCUCCGAGGUGACGAGAAGAUUGCGCGUGAGGAUAGGGGGUGGCCUGCAUUGCCGUGGUAUAGCUUGGAUGCGGUAGGCCAGGGCGCGUUUGCGGUGAGGAUGUGGUGGGAUAUAUAUCAGGGAUGGGGGGUUGCGAAGGAGCCGAAAGAGAAGGCUGACGAGUGAUGGCUGAUAUACUAGGAAUAGGGAUUGCGGGCGGUCGAGGUGUAGGCUCUUCAACCUGAGUUCUUACCUGGAGAAUUUCGUCGAUUGGAAGUGUGUUCGGCUCCGGGUAGGAUUUUUGAAAAUCAGUUGCGAUGAAUUUAGGGUCCUUGGUUCUUCGAUAACUCGCGCUUCGGCCCCGAAACGCUUUUGACUCAUGCAUAUAGGCCCCGACAUCAUAUAGGCCCCGAAAUCAUACGCGUUCUUUCUGCUCGUUCAUCCGGCUCUUCCGCACAGUACGCAAAACUCUGCUUCACAGUAAAGACUCACAAUCUAGCGGCUUUGCUGCCUGAUUGCCUACCUAGCUCGUCGAGUUUACCCCGCCAAGCCUUGCCACCUCGUACAUCGAGUGCACAAAGGGACACCAACACGAGAUAUAUAUAUAUAUUCCCACGCCCGCGUCAAUUCCAAUUAAUCUCAUCCACC